GGAUGCGCCAUUAUUUGCUGCUGCUAAUCGUUUUGCUGGCUACACUACAUGCGGGACAAGCUUGGUGGCCAUUUAACAAAAAGAAAUCCCAUCCUACGCCUCCUCCCAUUGUUAAAAAACGUCUAUCUCCAGUAAUUUUUGUUCCCGGCGAUGGUGGCAGUCAAGUUGAAGCACGUCUAAAUAAAUCUUCCUCGCCAAAUAUAUUGUGUGCCAAACAAUCGGAUUGGUUUAAUUUGUGGUUAAAUUUGGAACUGAUUGUGAUACCUGCCGUCUACUGUUGGGUGGAUAAUGUUAAACUCUACUAUGACAAUGUGACAAGGACUACCCACAAUACUCCCGGUGUGGAUAUACGCAUACCAGGAUGGGGUAACCCCGAAGUGGUGGAAUGGAUUGACCCCACGCAUAAUAAGGCGGGAGCCUAUUUUAGGACUUUGGCAAAUAUGCUCGCUGAUCAUGGUUAUGUUAGGAAUAAAAAUAUACGAGGAGCACCCUAUGAUUUCCGCAAGGCACCAAAUGAACAUAAACAAUAUUUCAUUGAUCUCAAGAAAUUGGUUGAGGACACAUAUGAACAGAAUGAACAGACGCCCAUAACAUUUAUAACACACAGUAUGGGCAGUCCGAUGACCUUGGUCUUUUUGCAGCAACAAACAUUGGAGUGGAAGAAUAAAUAUGUGGCACGACAAAUUAGUUUGGCCGGUGCCUGGGCUGGCAGUGUUAAGGCAUUGAAAGUCUUUGCCAUGGGCGAUGAUUUAGAUUCAUUCUUUUUGAGUGGUAAAAUUCUAAGAGCAGAACAAAUUACAAAUCCCUCAACGGCAUGGUUAUUGCCAUCUCCCCUAUUCUGGAAAAGCAAUGAAGUUUUGGUAAAAACUCCCUCUCGCGUGUAUACCAUGGCCCAAUUGGAGCAAUUUUUUGAUGACAUUGAUUAUCGUACGGGUUGGGAAAUGCGCAAAGAUACCCUGCAUUACACACUUAAUUUCGGUGCUCCAGGUGUGGAGUUACAUUGUUUAUAUGGUGAUGGUUUGGACACUGUGGAGAGGCUUGAAUACAAAAAAGAUGACAUUGCUGGUGAGACACCCAAACUAAUUAUGGGUAUGGGUGAUGGCACUGUCAACAGACGUUCCUUGCGUGCCUGCAACUAUUGGAAUGGCUAUCAAUCGGCAAAUGUAUCAACCAUGGCCCUUAGCGGUGUUGACCACAUGGGCAUUUUAGAGCAUCAGACUGUUAUUAAUUAUAUUAAGAAAGCUAUGAACUUGUAG